AUGGUCGGGCUUCUCUAUGAGCUCAGUCGUCACCCUGAGGAUCAAGCGAGAGUGUGUGAAGAGAUUGCCACAGCCAAAGCAGGGGCGUUCACGUCGGCAGAGGAUGAUCACCUCCCUCUAGCCGAACCUAUCAUUACCUCGGAUGGUAAAGCGUUUGCACAGGUUCCUAUUUCUAAGGGACAAAUCAUAUUCGCCUCCAUGUAUAUCUACAAUCGUCUUGCAUCAAUCUGGGACGAUUAUGCCGCCGAAUGGAAUCCUCGUCGGUUCCUUGAAGAUCGCGGAAUCAAGCAGGAAUCUCUUGGGGUUUAUGCGAAUCUGUAUGAUCUUUUCUGUCAUGGUAGUCCGCUAAUUCUACCCUUUGAUAGGAUGACUUUAAAUGCUGGUAUUCGUGGGUGCAUUAGGUGGCGAUUUGCCGUUAUGGAGUUGCAACCGGUAAUCACGGAACUUCUCAGUAACUUUGAGUUCAGCAUUCCGAAGGGCGCACCGGACUUACAGCAUGAUCCAGCGGGCGUCCUUUUACUCCCCAUCGUUCCAGGUAAAGCCCAGGAAGGGCCACAGAUUCCACUGCUUGUUACUCCUCCCAAAAAGUAA